AUGCCCUCCGAGACGGCCGUCUUCAACCGCACGCUGACCAACCUCGGCCCCCUGACCACCGCCUUCACGCCCGCACCGUCGUGCACCGCGCUUCCCAGCCAGUCCGACGCCGGCUUCAUCUUCUGGCAUCGGACGUUCGACGGCGACGGCCCCGCCAACGGCGCCGACGUGCCGUACGGCUCCGUCGCUUGCACGCCGCAGGACCUGGCCACGUGCUACCCGUCGGGCGCGGCGCGGCAGUCCAUCCUCGCCAGCGGCGGGUACGAGUUCACCCAGCCGUACCACUCGCCGGGGUACCGCUGCCCGGCGGGCUGGACGGCGGUGGCGUCCGCGUCGUACGACGACGCGUGGUCCGAGCUGUCCGCGUUGGCGCACAACCUCUCGGCGCCGGCGCCGAGGGGAUACGACGCGGUGGUGACGGCCUUUGCCAUCUCCGCGCUGGCGCCGAGCGAGACGGUGACCGUGUGCUGUCCGAGCGGCUACGAACCGUUCGCCGGCGACUACGAGGUCCAGUUCGGGUGCACGUCCUCCCUCGGCCCGGCGUCGUCGCGCGGCGUCAGCGAGCGCUGCUUCAACGACCGGCCGACGACGACGGUCACGUUUGGGUACUGGAACGGGAGGGUGACCAAGAUUGAGCCCGUGUCGGACGCGCCGACAAAGUACACGCAGCUGCCGCUCGAGACGGGCAUGUCGUAUGAGGUGGUCCACACCAUGCCGAACGUUGUGCUGAUCAACAAGGGCGAUGAUGCCGGCGGCGAGGCUGCGUCGCCGACGACGACGCUGACGGGCACGGGGGCUGGGAAGGACGGGAAGAAGAAUGCGGCGAGUGGGCUGAGGGUGAAUUUGCCUGUUGCUGCGACUGUGCUGGUUGGUGUAGCUUCAUUCUUGGGCCUGUAA